CUUCUUCUUCUUUUUCUCUCGUUUAUGGUAAUAAUAUUUCGAGCGAUGUUUGCGUGCGUUGCUUUUCGUUCGAUGAAAACUGAUCAUGUGGCGAAACACGAAGAAUUCAAAGUAUACAGAAUGUCGUCGAUGUGAUUACUUUGUGCUUCUUUUGUCAACCAUAUGACCAAACGAGUCUUUAAACGCGAUAUUUGCAAGUUCAACGAUUUCAUUCUACCCGAUCAAUAUUUUUUUCGUUGUUGGCAAUAAAAAAAAAUCUACAAAUAUUUAUAUUAUAUGACAAUGUCGCUGAUUUGUGGAGUUUGAACCCGAAAUCAUGCGAACGAUUUGUGCUGAUUAAAAAGCUGAUUUAGAUCAGCUCUUGAAGUUUACAACUCCUGGAAUCGCCAAUCAAUUCUUAUAGAGUUAUUUAAUAGCUAUGGUUAUUAAAAGGUUAAAAAUCUUGGCGUCCGAUAUUCCGAAGCGUCUGAUUGGAAGUAAUAAUCACUUGGUGUGUGUGUAUUUACAGAAAAUUGCGCUAUCGCGAUUGAGAGUCUUGCAUGCCAAUGUAGAAUUCUUAGAUGAUAAUAAGUAGUAAACAACUUGACAUAAAGACGAACAAAGAAAAAAGAAAAAUCAAUCGAAUUUUGAUUGAUAGGUUCAAAAUCCAGAUAAUACACGCUUAUACCCUCGAUCCAGAAAAACGAGAGAGAGAGAUAUGUGGAGUGUGGCCGAUCUCGUUCGUUCUUCGUGAGCAUGAGCAACGGUUGCCAAUUUUAUUGUUACCGAGCCGAAUGGUUCUUGGAAUAAAGCGAUUCUUUGAAUAAAUUGUAGAAGGUAUCGUGAAUACCAAGCCAUUGUCGCGGUCAUUACUUCUAUGCGCGCUGUCAGUGCGCGUCAAAAAACCGGUUUAUCGGUUUAAUUGAUGAUUUCAUUGGAAGGUAAAAAAAAACUAUCAAACGGCUUAGAGCAUAAUAAGAAUAUUCUAAGGCAAAUAAAUGAAAGUAAUGAUGGUGGAGCCGUGGAGCUGCUUGUUGUUAUUCAAAACACAUGUGCGUUUGCCAAAUGUGAAAACUCAAUGCAGGCUGUACGGCUCUUGUUUAUAUGCGCGUUCGAUCGCUUUUUCGUGUGUACGAAUCGUCGUCAUCAUCGUCGUUGUCGCCAACGGAGAAUUACAAUUAACAUUCUGUUCAUUUUUUUCUCAUGCUGCUUCGAUCGCUUGACGAACAACAGUUGAACGAUUCUUUUAUCGGGUCUCAAUAAUUGAUCAGCAUUUUUUUGCUCUCUCUCUCUCUCUCUCUCUCUCUCUCUCUAUCUCCAAUUUGUAUCGCUAUGCCGACUGAAUUGCGUAAGUGUCGCAAUGAGUUUGAUAUUAUACAAAUAAUUGCAUUUUACACGUUGUGCUGAAUUCCAGACGUAAAUAUCCACACCAACAGCUAUUUUUCUAUUAUGUAAAUACAUUCGGUAAACAUUCCAAUGCGCGGCAUGGUGCGGUACACGCUUUGUAUCCAAGUCAGACAGUGUAAGUGUGUAUUUGUGUAUGGCCUAUAGAAUGGUCUACAGAUAGUGUAUUAUUGUGUACCGGUUAGCGGCCACUGUCAAAGCAUGUGUUUGCAAAUAAAAAGAUAUCGUUCGUACGAACGAAUGAGGGAGCCAACGAACGAAGUGAAGCGAAUGAAUGGACUAUGGCAACAAUGUUGCAUCUGAAUCUGUCGGAGCACGGCACACACCGUUCUGAGGUCUAAGUUAUUCUGAAGACACACCGACCGACCGACAUGGAAAUUCAUUGCAAUCGUCUAACUCUGUAUGUAUGUCGAUGUCAUGACUGAGAGUGUCAUGAAAUGAGUACUCUCUCUCUCUCUCUCAACUACCUGCUAAUGCAAAAUGGUCAUGUGUGUCGCCCCAAAAAAGAAGAAAAAGCAAAGAAUCACACACCAUAAUCGGAUUUGUGCCAUUGUAUGUAAAGCAAUUCGAACCAUCUGUUCCAUUUGCCAAACAUGCGCAUAAACCUCGUUCUUUCCGUCUCUAUCUUCUACAUAGAGGUGUAGACAAAAGUGCAGUGAGUGCGUGCAACAACACCCGCGCUGCAUUCGCAAGUGCAGAAAAGAAUUUGCGACUCGAAAAAUCAAGGAACAUCGAUACACAAACAUCAAACGGUGGCCAAGAGUGACUAAUUUUCUCUUUAUUUUCUCUCUCUCUCUCUCUGUUCCGUUCAGUGAACACACAUUUACACGCUUUGCGACUUUGUAACUACGCCAAGUCCACGUGUUUUUUUUUCUUCUCUGCCGUACGUUUUCCACUUACUACACAUGUCGUCAUCGAUUUAUCAACGUUCGGCGUAAAAAUUCCUAGAUAAAAUGUAAAAAAAAUAAGUUAUUGCGGCGGAAGUUGGAAUGCGCGCGAACAACCAGAUUCUGGUGAAUGUGUGACACAUCAGUCCAUUUGGCAGUGAGGGUAUUUUCAUAUUGGCGCUCUUAUCAACACUCAACAACUUCAAUGCUAUUGUUUGCAAGCAAACAUGAUAACGAAUCGAACUACAGAAUACGCGCGGCCGAUCUUCAUUCGAUGAAAUGAGAUGCGUGCAACAAAAGGCAAACGAAUACACAACAAAGUAGAACCUGAUAUACACAAAGAGAAUACAAACAAAACGAACACACAACCGAGCUCAUUGUUGAUUUCGAUUUCAUUUCCAGCGGACAAUAUACGUAUCACACACGUCGAUGAGAUCGUUAAAUUCAUCUGACGACUGAUUUGGGUUCUCGGCUCACUCUUGCUUGCUUGCUUUCUCAGCUCGUUCUCAGUCUCUCUGUAUGGGUUCGAUUUGUGUUUUUUUUCUCGUAUUGUUGCACGUAUCGCGCGCUUUGAAAUAGCGCGCGCCGGAUGGAGUUCGAGUCGAAAAAAAGCGUUUUUUUGAGCAUAUGGCUCCAGACACGCGUAUCGGACGCCAUAUUGCGAAUCUAGAAUUUGUUGAGCACUAGCCUGCGAAUGUUUUGACCACCAAUAUCAAGAGGUGACGAUUUAUCUUCACGGCUUGCCAAUGUUGUUAAUACGCUUUAGCAGAUAGCGAAAAUCGGUUGUGUUUUUGGACAGGCAGAUAUACUCAUUGGAAUGUAUAAUCGAGGAGUGUUUCGAGUCGUCAAUCAUUUGGAAUGAAAACCAUGAGAGCUGAUGAUUGAGAUAUUUUUAUUAAGUUAUGCAGGGCAAUUCAAACGUCAAUUGAUAGGAAUCGGGGAAAAACAACAACAUCAACACAGCUUAAUGAAUUCACGUAAUUUGCAUCGGAAAUGUGACUCUUUCAUGCAAUUCGAGCUGUCUAAUUUUAAAGACGAGAAGAAAAGAAUUUCGAACAAGAAAGACGGAUUCAAAAUUGAACACACAUUUAAAAUUCUAAACAAGCUACAUUUUUCAUUCAAUUUCAACCGAAACGCGCUAAAAGUCGGAUGUUUACAAAGGAAUGCGUUUGUUUGAUGGAAUUGAACGCAACCACACACUGAAACAGCACACCACUGACACAUAGUUCAAUAUGUCAUUAUUUUGACAUUUCAUUCGAUGAUUGUUUUUUUUUUCACUCAACAAACUUUUUACACACGUAUUCGCAGCGACGAAAAAAAUGACGAAAUUUACCUGUGCUACGUAAUAAAACCAUCAAAAAAAAGUCGCUGGUAUAGCAAUUUUAUUUGAUUUUCACAUAGAAAUGCUAUCAAAAGACAUAGUUUAUUUCAGUUGUCAUUGGAUUUAAGGAGUUUAAGACGUGAAAUAGUGCGAUUGAUUGAAACAUAUGUUGGAAAUCAAACGUCAUGGCGAAUACACACAAAUCGACACGGUCCAAGGCCAUUUCAGUGUCUCAACUUGUCGUAUCAAUAGGAUUGAUAGUGUUUGCGAGUUGCCUUAUAGAUAGUGUACGAUGUGAUGCGGCCCAAAGCCAAAUAUCCCCAUCGUCAAGUACACCGAAGCCCAUAUCGAAUGCGUCUCCACCAUUGGUUGAAGUCAAACCAAGCACGAGUACGAGUACGAGUACGUUGAGCACACCAAAGCCGAACCAAAAUGCAUCGCUUCCAAAUGACAAUAAACUUGGCAAACCAUCAUCGUCAGUCCCUCCACAAAGUUCCUCAGAUGAUGAUGCCAAAGAAGCGGAUGUCAAUAAAACGGUGACCAAAACAGAUGAAUCCAAAGCAGUGGAACAGGAGCACAACAAUUCAAUGGCCAUAUUCUUUGUGCUGUGCGUCAUUGCACUGGGCAUUCUUCUCAUUCAUACUAUGCUUGAAACGGGUUUCCAAUAUCUACCAGAAUCCAUUGUUGUCGUAUUUUUGGGCGCACUCAUCGGUUUACUCAUUAAUUUAUUGUCCGAUCAAAAACUAUCGAACUGGAAACGUGAACAGGUCUUUUCACCGACCGCAUUCUUCUUGGUGCUGCUGCCGCCCAUCAUUUUUGAGAGCGGCUACAAUUUGCACAAAGGCAAUUUCUUUCAAAAUAUUGGAUCGAUUUUAGCAUUCGCUAUUGUUGGCACAACCAUUUCAGCCUUCGUCAUCGGCGGUGGCAUCUACAUUUUGGGAAUGGCCGAUGUGGCUUAUCGAUUGAAUUUCGUCGAGAGUUUUGCUUUUGGUUCGUUAAUUUCUGCUGUUGAUCCAGUUGCCACCGUUGCCAUUUUUCAUGCCAUUGACGUUGACCCAGUGCUAAACAUGUUGGUUUUUGGCGAAAGUAUUCUGAAUGACGCCAUUGCCAUCGUUCUAACCACGACUGUGUCACGAAUCCCAGACUCUGAUACCGGCGAGGCCCUUGUUUCAGGAUUCAAAACAUUCUUAACCAUGUUCUUUGCUUCAGCUGGCAUUGGAAUGGUGUUUGCAUUGAUCAGUGCCCUACUACUUAAACACAUCGAUUUGCGAAAGCAUCCAUCGCUCGAGUUUGGUUUGAUGUUGGUAUUCACUUAUGCUCCAUACGUAUUAGCUGAAGGCAUCCAUUUAUCUGGCAUCAUGGCGAUUCUAUUCUGCGGCAUUGUGAUGUCCCACUAUACACAUUUCAACUUAUCAACGGUCACACAAAUAACGAUGCAACAAACGAUGCGAACGCUCAGUUUUAUCGCUGAAACGUGUGUGUUUGCUUACUUGGGUUUAGCGAUAUUUUCGUUUAAUCAUCGUUGCGAAUUGGCGCUCGUCGUAUGGGGAAUAAUUCUCUGUUUAUUGGGUCGCGCGUGCAAUAUAUUCCCGCUGGCGUACAUGGUCAAUAAAUUCCGUGAGCAUAAAAUUACGAAUAAAAUGCAGUUUGUGAUGUGGUUUUCAGGACUACGUGGUGCAAUUUCGUAUGCGCUGUCAUUGCACUUGGAAUUUGCACGUGAGGAAGCACGUCGUGUGAUGAUUACAACUACAUUGAUUAUCGUGUUGUUUACGACGUUAGUUUUUGGUGGAUCGACAAUGCCAUUAUUGCGGUAUUUGCAACCGGGCAAAAAGUCGAACAAACGAUUGCGAAAGCGAUCCGGAAGAGGAAGGAAGAGUUCGAUUUCAUUGAGUAAAACACGUGAGUGGGGUCAUGCCAUUGACUCGGAACAUCUGUCCGAAUACACCGAAGACGAUGAAGUUGGGGUUACAGUACGGCUUGGCGGUUUUGCUCUCUGGGAUACAAAGUAUUUGAAACCAUUCUUUACGCGGAGAUUCACAACGCAAGAGCUUCACGAUUGCAAAAGCCAAAUGACCGAUUUAACGAAUAAAUGGUAUCAAGCGAUUCGAGUCAGUCCAGACCAUAGCGACGAAGAAGAUCUUGGCACGGCUUCAACGCUACCGAUGGCAUCGGCUGGUACAUCGAAGAGUAACAGUAUUUCCAGUUUAACGACCAACGCAUAGAUUUACUUAUGACAUAUAUGUAAUUUUUGAUCAACUCAGUGCAAAAAAAAGCGAAAAAAACGCCUUCAGUUCAUUCAAAUGACUAGAAUAGAUUGAGAUUCUUUGACAAAGUUAAAAUUCUUUGCAAAGGAUUUUUAGCACAAAAAUUGUAAAAACUGAACCAAAACAGAACGAAUAAUGAACGAAGAAACGGAAUGAAGGUCUCUGUUUCAUGUGCUGUGAGGUAUGGAGAGGACAAAAUUUAUUGAGAAUUUUUUUUUCGGUUUUUGAUGUUUCGCUUAAUGUAAAUUUUCAAAAGAACAACUUAUUUAUUAUAUUCGUAAGCAAAUCGGUAGAUUGACGAUCGACAUGGAUAAAAUUUUCGGGUGUAGAAAAAUGCAACUGGAGGAUCGUCGCCUUGAAGAUAGACGCCACGUAAAAAAAGUAUUGAAAUCCAGAGAAUAAUAAGCUAGAUUGUAAUUUUCAAACAAUUUUCGAAGUGAUUUUACAUGUAUUUGAACGGGCUCAAAGCUGAUUUUUUUUCUCCUUGGGUCGAUUUGUCGUUGAAGAUUUUGGACGAUUUGCAAUGGAAAUUGUGAUCCCAACAAUGAGAACAAGUCAACACGUUGGGUGUUUAACACUUAAAGUAUUAUUCUGUAUGUUUUGUGUGUGAGUUUAAUUGCCGUAAAGUUACCAGCAGUUUUAACGGAAUGGCUGUUGAAUUUGAUUAUUAAUGUGAUCAUUUGUUUGGUUUUAAACUGUUCUUUUUUUUCUGCUUAUAUGUACAAGAAAAUACAUGAUUUGAUUUCGUUUUGAAUAAAUCGUAAAUAAAGAUGACCUUGAAA